GUGCGCGUUUGGUGCGCAUUUUGACACGAAAUGCGAGUUGGAGCUGGCCAAGGGCGCGGAGGUUACCAACGCGCUAGUGGCGUCCAAAGAAGUCCGCCAGACGAAGAUGGGCCCUUCCGAGGCCAACAGGACGGACGAGCGUACGGCGCUCCUCCUCGAACUGCGUAUCGGCGAGAUCGCGCGCGGUGCUGUAUCACAACGUAUACCUGUCCUCACAGGCGUCCUCAAGAGGAGAGCCUACACGAGCCCCGUCGCCGCCGUUGACAAGAAGGCGAAGAUCAACUACGCGAAGGCACAAAUACCGCCCGCCUUAGUACCCUCUAGGCCGAUUAUACGCGCGUGCAUGCUCUACGAACCAGUUCCUAUUUCGGGUCUCGGGCGGCGUGGCUCGGCUCGUGAGCUGAGUGACGUAGGUGGCCUGGCGGCGACCGAGCGCGGCGAGCUCCUCACCAUGUAG